AUGGACACAACACAAAGUGCCAAAUAUCGACCAGAAACACUUGAUAUAGGUAUAGAAAUGCUUUUCAAACUCUCGCAAGGCCUGCAAUUUCAUGACGAGCAAGAAGAAGAAAACGACAUUUGUGUAUCCGUCUUCAGUGUUCCCAACGAGCUGUUGGCAGUGAAGCCAGAAGCAUAUAUUCCGCAGUGCGUCUCCAUUGGACCAUAUCACCAUUGGAGAUCCCAACUGUUCGAAAUGGACAGAUACAAAGUAGCUACUGCGCCAAGAUUUGAGAAGACCAUAACCGGUAAAUUCGAAGCUGUAGUGGAAGAGGUGAAGAAGUACGAUUGGCAAAUCAGGAACUGCUACCAGAAAUUUCUUGACUACAAGGAGGAACCCCUUGCAUGGCUCAUGGCUCUUGACGCGUCGUUCCUGCUCGACUGCUUGCAGUACUACGUCAAACGAGCGGAUCGGAUUUCUUCGCAAGUGUCCGAGGUGAAGCGACUCGCCAGAGUUUUAGAUACAACUCACAGAAGUGCAACCCACAACGCAAUUAUGAGAGAUCUGAUGAUGCUCGAGAAUCAGUUACCUUUGUUCCUAUUACAGAAGCUGCUGGAAAUGCAGUUGGGUUCGGAAGAUAACGCGGAAGAAAGGCUCUGCAAUCUGGUGACUCUCGUCUGUCAAGAAUUGUCGCCUUUUAUGUUGAGGAAGCGGGAUAGUUCAAGGCUGUACAUAAAGGAGAGGGGUCACAUAUUGGAGGCGCUAUACUACUCUAUUGUCUCUUUGCCGGAAUCAACCUGCUUAAGGCGUGCUCUGAAAGCUUUAUGGAAGGCUCUCUCGUCGUUAAAAACCAGUCUUGUUCAGGUCUUCUCGGCACUCUCUGAGCGUGUCUUCAGCGGAAGGCCUGUCCAGUUGGUCACGCAGUUGUCCACGAAUCUUGUCUCUGCUUUUGAAACUCUAUCAAUUAAGUGCAAAGAUGUUGAAACAGAUGAGGAGAGAGCAUAUUCCUCAGUGGAAACUCCUCCAACACGCGACGAACUAGAAAUUCCCUCGGUCUCCGAAUUAUACUCAGCAGGAGUAACACUGCGUCCGACCGAGGGAGAUCUUACCAGAAUUCGCUUCGACCAGACCAGUGCAACUCUUUAUCUUCCCAAAGAGAGGUUGGAUUCCAACACCGAAGUAGUUCUCAGAAAUUUGGUGGCUUUCGAAGCUUCCGCGUCUCCUGGUGAUUUGAUCUUCACUCGCUCCACUGAUUUCAUGAACGGUAUCAUCGACACAGUCAAUGAUGUUCAGCUACUAAGAAAGAGCGGGAUUAUCUACAAUCACCUGGAAGACGAGGGGAAAGUGGCAAGCCUGUGGAACGGCUUGGGUAAAUGCGUCAAAUUGACGCAAGUUAAAUAUUUGGACCAAGUUAUAGCGGACGUCAACAAGCAUUAUAACAACAGAUGGAACGUUGCUGCGAAGAAGUAUGUAAACAAAUACAUAUUUGGUUCAUUGCAGCUCUUGACAGUUCUGGCCACGGGGAUACUUCUGCUUCUGACUUGCUUCCAGGCUUUUUGUUCUGUGUAUGACUGUAAGCGUUGGUGGAGCCAAAGUAAUCUUUUGCAGGACUAA